AACCAAAAAUCACACGCUUUCCGAGCUCGAGAAAAGCAAUCUUCCCAUCUUCACAGCAGCAGCGAGUAGACAUCAAGAAAACAGAGAGAGAGAUGUGUUUGGUAUUCGUUUGCGACGAGGAAGAGAGGGUUCUGGGCACGCAACCAGCGCCAGGGUCGUGUCCGUACUGUGGUGGGCUGGUGCAGGCCAUGGACGUUGAGAGCCAAUGGACGUUUUGUUUCCUCCCGCUCUGUUUCAAGACAAAAAGGAAGUAUUUUUGUACCAUGUGUGCCAGACGUUUGGUAUCUUACCCAUGACAGCACUUUCAUGUAUGUGAAUGUGUAGUUUCGCCAUGUAUGUGUAUAUAUAAUGUAUGUGGGAAGAGAAAGAUGGUGUGUUUGGCUUGGUCGCAGAU